GGGAGUAUUACUUAUUUCCUAAACUGUAUAAUAAGAGCAUUUGGCCUCUUAAACUCUCCCUCUGUAGCUAGAGGCCAACUCUGUUUCUUAAGAUUGAAUGAAAGUUUGGUAGUUUGCUCAAAUUUUUUUUUGCAGUAAACUGACAUAGAAAAGACAAGGAUGAUAAGAGCAUAAAUUAGAAAGAGAAAUUGCUUCAAAUACAAUAAGCUGGAUAUCACCUUUUAAAAAUACAUUUAAUCAAAAAGAUUCUAAUAUUUGAGUUUAGGAUUUAAUAUUGUUUAGAGUUUAGUAUUUAGUGGUUGAAUUUUAUUGAAAUCAUAUAAAACUUUAAAUUAAUUAAAAGUAAAACAAAAAAGUAAUAUGUGUGAAUAACAGUAAAUAUCAAUCGGUAGUAUUUUCUAAAUUGUAUAUACAUUCACGACAAAGUUACUGACAUUGUAGAGUAAAUACUUGUGACUGGCAAAUACUUGUGAACUUUAUGGUUUUGUAGCUUCUUUGACUUGAAUGUAUAUACAAUUUAUAUUUUAAUCUGAUAGAUGCAUGUUAUGGUUUAGUGAAUAUUUGCAAGUUAAUUUACAGUUUCCCUAAAGUCUUGAGGAUUUUUUCUGUGUUUACCUUAAAAAUACAAUUGCUACUUGUAAAUUAAGUUGUAAGAAAAUCACUAAAUUAACUAGUUUGAUAUUAAUGUUAAAAAACAACAACAACUAGUGUGAUAUUAUUUUUCUGAAAAAUAAUAUUUGCACUACUACUGUAUAUAAAAAGCUGACGUUGGUAACACACAUAGCUCAUGAUAUAAUAAUAAUAUACAGAAGUUACAUAGUUUUUGUCUUCUUUUUCUUCUAUAUCUAUGAGCCAUUUGGUAAAAUUUGAAAUGAAUUUGUUGGAAGAAAAGAAAAUGCAUGCGCUUUUCUCUCGCAGGUUCGUCGUUGGCUCUUCUUCUUCUUGGCAGCUAACUAAAUCUCACUGGAGCCAGAGCCGCCAUAUACUGAGCCAUCCUCUUCCUUCUGGCCUCGCUUCUUCAUUUUCAUCAUCUUCAGUAACCCGCUUUGUUCCAUCUCUUCUGUCGCUGUCGGAGAAAGCUCAAGGGUCCGGAAGUCUGUUGGAAGCUAGAGCUGGGUUCUUCGAUCCUCAGCUUCUUCCUAAGCCUUGGGUUUUCACUGGCUUUCAAAAACGUGGAUGGAAGUCUUGGUUUAAUGGAGCUAAUGGUGCUGUUUUCGGGUUGAUAAUAGCCAAUGUUGCUGUAUUAACUAUGUGGAAGACUUCAGACCCGCAAUGGAUGUCAAAAAAUUUUGUGCUAUCAUCGUACACCUUUAUGUCAGGACGAAUACACACGCUGAUAACUUCGGGGUUCAGUAAUGUUGGAACCAGUCAACUCAUCGUUAACAUGAUUGGACUCUACUACUUUGGAACCAGCAUCGCAAGAACCUUGGGACCGGUUUACCUUUUGAAGCUGUACUUUGCUGGAACACUUGCUGGCUCUCUUCUCUUCGUAAGUGUGCAUGGUGUAAUGGCAAUACUCAAGAGCCAAGGUGUUUCCUACAAGGGUCAAUCAAAACCCAUUGGAAUGCUGGUAUGUUUCUUUUAUUCAUACAGAGCCAAGGAGUUUCCUUGCUCUCAAAUCGUGCUAGGUCCACAGAUAAGUAACAUUUUAACAUUGAUAUUUUUUUUCCGAAUAAUAUUUACCUUCUAUAUUGGUUGUUCAAUCAUACAGAGCUACAUGGUUUCAUUCAAGGAUCAAUCAAAACUCACCCUUUUACUGGGUGCAGAGGGACCUUUAUAUGCCAUUACACUACUUGAUAUCUUCCUCUACCCUAAAGUUACUACAUACUUUGCGUUUAUAUUCCGAGUACCCAUAAUGAUGGUAAGGAACUCUUUACAUAGUCAUCAUAAUGAGAAUGAAAACUCUUCUCUACUAAUUACUCUCACUCUUCAAUACUCAGGGAAUCUUAGCCCUAGGACAAGACUUGGUAAAGGUGCUAGAGGGGAAGAAGAAGAGUCUCACCAUUGCCUCGAUUCACAUGGGAGGAGGAGCUAUGGUUGCAGCCAUUGCAUGGAGGCAGAUUAGGAAAGGUCGAUUCUACUAUUGAUUGGUUUCAUUACUGGUCCAUGAAGGAUUUGCUGUAAAUGACUCAAUUAAUAAGAGCAUCCCAAACCCAUAACACUAUUUUAGUGUCAAAAUCACACUAUUUUAAUGUAAUUUCAACAUUAAAAAAAAGUUCUUCUCCAACCAUAACACUAAACUUCACACUAAAAGUUAUUUUAUAAUAUUAUAUGUAUUUAUGUUUUUAUUUAUCAUUUAUUUAAUUGUCUAUUUUAUUAAUAAAAUAAGUGAAUAGUAUUUUUUUUUGCAUCAAGUGAAUAGUGUUUAAGUGGGAUGAAUAGUGUUUUAGUGUGGUGAAUAGUGUCACACCAAAUUUGGUGUGAAAUUAUAGUAUUGCACUACAAUGGUGUGAUUUUUAAUGUUGGGUUAAAGAAAAUUUUUGUGUCAAAAUCACACUAAAAUAAUGUUUUGGAGUUGGGUUUGAGAUGACCAUUCACAUUGGUUAAAAUUAACAUUGUGAGACAAUUAUUAUUGCCAUUGACAUUUUGGACAAUGACAUUAAUUUAGGCCAAUAACCCAAGUCCAAUCGAUGUCAAUAAAGAAGAUUUUAUUGAACAAACAAGUCCCAUCAUUGCAGUAAAGUUUAUAAAAGAAACGAAAAACAGAAAAUUUAAUGUGCAGUUAAUAUGGUAGACACCGACAUCGUCUUCUAGCGAUAAAGAGAGAGAAGAGAGAGAUCUGGUUUUCCGGCCGACGGAGGGGCUUCCACAGUCACCGUCGGUCCGGCGUUGUGUUUUCUCUACCGUGUUGAUUUCUUUGCUCUGUUUGAUGUGUUUGGUUUUGAGAGGUAGGGAGCGUUUUUUCUCCUUUUAGCUUGGUUUUCUGGGAGGUAGAGGCUUAUAUAGCUCUGCUGUCGUCGGAUCUUGUUCCCGGGAGGUGGAGGCUCUCUUAGCUCUGCGUCGCCGGCAUCUGUGGCCUUUGUCCAUGAAGGCGUUUGGUGGGUUGGCUCUGCAGGAGUCGUUGUAGUCGGCUCGGGGUGUCCCGAAAGAUGGAGACGGUGGUUCUAGAGAUUUGGGUUUCAUUUCACUUUUCUUGUGUGCUUGGUGGUCAGAUGAGAUCUCGAUGUUUGAUGAGCUCUCUGACAGUCUGAAGAUGGUUCUAGUAUGGCGGCUUCGUUUGGGUUAAGGAUGAGAUCUCGAUCAAAAUCGAUUGAUGCUCUCCGUUAGAAGAAGCGAGAAUGAUGAAGUGGUAUGCGGCGGAUAAGAUUUCGAUUCGGUCGGUGAAAGUUCUCCGUGGAUCGGAAGGUUAAGAGUUCGCGAUGUGGUUCUAGGUCCGGUGGGAUCCGGUGAAGCUGCAGAGUUUGCGUGGCCGUGUCAGUGGCGGCACCCGUCUGCUAGGGUUUCUGUUUUGUUGGGCUUUAAGCCCGUAGUUUGUUAGCGGCCCGUUUGUUUUGGGCUUUUUCUUUUUUUGUUGUUGUUGAUUUGGUGGGCUUUGUCCCUGGGCUUGGCCCGUUUAUAAUAAUAUCGUUGGGAAAAAAAAAAAAUAUGGUAGACACCAUCAGAGUGUCGCUAAUUACUCACUGGACAGAGUUAACGCUUGCGGAAAAUAAAAUUACUCAUUGGAUUUAACCGCAAACGCGAAAAAGCUCCGUUCGUCACGUUUGCGGUUGCCAUCGUUAAGAACCCAAAACAGAGAAAGCACCUUUUAUCCUCUGCAUCGCCG